CCGAUUCGGCGUAGAAGAAAGGAUUCUGCCACAAUACCAAACUCAGAAAAUUUCCCCAAAUUCGAAAAACUCCGACCAUGGCAGAGCAGCAAAUUUUGAUCAACGUGAUGGAGCAAGAGCCAGAAGAUGAAGAAGAAGCAGAAGAUAACCUUAAUAGCACCAAUACUUGCACGGGAACUUCGGAAAACGCGGCGGCGGCGGCGGAGAGUCGGAAAGAGAGGAGGAAGGCGGCGAAAAAGGAAAAGAGGAAGAGAAAGAGGAAGGAAAUGGCGGAUAUGGCGCGCCGAGAGGAGGAGGCUCGGCUAAACGAUCCCGAGGAGCGGCUUCGGCUCCAAGCCGAGGAGGAGCAGGAGAAGUUGAGAGUGGAGAAAGAAAGGAUGGAGUUCGAGGAGAGGGAGAGGAAGAUUCUGGAAGAAUGGGAGAGAAGAAGAGCUCAAGAACAAAGGGAGGAGGAGGAGAGAAGACUAGCUCAGGAAGAAGAACAUCAAUCUAAACAAAAUCAGGUAGGAUAUGAGAAUGAAGUAGAUGAAGAUGGUUGGGAGUACGUCGAAGAAGGGCCUCCUGAAAUUAUUUGGCAGGGAAAUGAGAUUAUUGUGAAGAAGAAAAGAGUCAGGGUGAAAAAGCAAGAUGCAGGCGAACAGAUUACGAAAGAGGAUCCUAACAGGCCCACAUCAAACCCUCUUCCUCCACAGUCAGAAGCUUUUGCCGAUUAUAAGAACACGCCUAGUCUUUCAGCUCAACAGCUGCUACAAAGUGUUGCUCAAGAGACUCCAAACUUUGGAACAGAGCAGGAUAAAGCUCAUUGCCCUUUCCAUCUCAAAACAGGGGCUUGUCGUUUUGGUUCACGUUGUAGCAGAAUUCACUUUUACCCCGAUAAGUCAUGCACUUUGCUGAUCAAGAACAUGUACGGUGGUCCUGGACUAGCUUGGGAGCAGGAUGAGGGUCUUGAGCACACAGAUGAAGAGGUUGAAUCCGCUUAUGAAGAGUUCUAUGAGGAUGUACAUACAGAGUUUUUGAAAUUUGGGGAGAUUAUAAAUUUCAAGGUAUGCAGAAAUGGUUCGUCUCAUUUGCGUGGAAAUGUGUAUGUGCACUAUAAGUCUUUGGAUUCUGCUGUGCUGGCUUAUCAAUCAGCAAAUGGUCGUUACUUUGCAGGAAAGCAGAUUCAAUGCGAGUUUAUUGGGGUAACAAGAUGGAAAGUUGCUAUAUGUGGAGAGUUUAUGAAGACGAAGCUUCAGACAUGUUCUCGUGGAACGGCCUGCAAUUUUAUUCACUGCUUUCGAAAUCCCGGUGGAGACUAUGAGUGGGCUGAUUGGGAUAAACCACCUCCGAGAUACUGGCUGAAAAAGAUGACUGCUUUAUUUGGUUAUUCUGAUGACUCUGGAUACGACAAACAAAUAGAGCGAGGAAGCCCAAGAUCUUUCAGGAAUUCCAGCAGAAGUUUGACUGAUGAUGCAGACAGAUAUCGCUCUCGCAGAUCUCAAUCAAGGGACAUGGAUCAUGCAAGAAGUUCAAGAAAUUACUCCGAGGAUCAUGUUCGAAGCAAUUCACAUCGGCGACAGUCCAGAAUCGCUGACAGAAAAAAUCAGCCAGAAGAUCUCGAUGACAAGAAAUACGACGAUACAUCAAAUUCUAGAGAGAAGCCGCACCGUAACAAUGUGUCCUUUGAUAGUGAUUCCGACAGAAAAUGUUCAGACAGGAACGAGGAUAGACACAGCAGCUACGACAGCUCAAACCGCUCUCGGACUCGCAUGAAAGGGAAAUUAGGAACUCGAGAUGGAAAAAGCAAUGACAGUGAUACUGAUCGAAGCAGUACCUACAAAAUCGAUCUAACAGUUGAUUGGUCUGAUGGGGAGAGAGUGUGUGGGCCCCAUAUUCACGCAGAACAAUCUCCAAAAUCUAAUGGUUCUAAGAUAUUUGAAGAUAAAAAUUCCAACAGACGAAGCUAUAGAGAUUCUGAUUCUAGUUCUCGUUAUUACUCCAAGAAAGAUGAUCGAAAAUUGGAGAUGGAUGAAUCCGAGAAAGAAAUUCAUGAUAAUCUGAAGAAAUCAUCAAAAAGAAAAAGAGGGGCUGACAAGAAAUUGGAUUCUGAGAGUCGAGCUCGGUCUCGUGCUGCUGACUAUCGAAUUGAUGAGGCUACUGACGUAAGAGACCGCUGGGAACCCGAAAAAGUCGAGCCUGCAGAUAUUUGAUUAGGGGUUUAAAUUAAGCUAUUGGUAAGUAGUAUAUGCUAAAUGACUAUUUUAACCUGGUGAUUAUAAUGUAUAAAUGCAUAAGUAGAGGUGAAGGUAAUGUACUCAAUGCUUCACUAAUGAAUCCAGCAAACAGCUUCCAUGAGCAGAUAGUGUACUCAAUGCUUCACUACAAUAGAAGAGAACAAAGCUGGAAAAAUAUUGCAUUUCCUUUUGACCAGA